AUGUCGGUUUAUUCCGACGCGGAAGAGCAUGACCCGCAGGCGGACGAGCUCCGCGAGACGGCGCUGGUCACGCUCGAAGCCUUGGUUAGUUCGUGCAACCAGCAGAUGCAGCCAUACCUCACCAACACCAGCCGAGCCGCCCUUCGAUUCCUGAAAUACGAUCCCAAUGUCGCUGAAAUGGAAGACGAUGAGGAAAUGGGCGGGACCCAGGACGAUGGCAGUGAGGACGAUGCCACCGCCGACCAGGACGACGAUGAGUUUGAGGACUUUGAAGAGGAAGGGGGAUACAGUGAUAUUGAUGAUAUGAGCUGGAAGGUCCGUCGGUGUGCGGCCAAGCUGCUCUAUACCCUCAUCUCGACCUACGGCCGCGGUCGCGCCCUGGACGAUGCCACUCUCUACCAGCAGAUCGCCUCCGCCUUGAUAUCCCGCAUCGGCCGCGAGCGGGAAGAGAGUGUGAAGCUGGAAGUCGUUUCGACCCUGACGGCCUUGGUGCGCAAGACCAGUGAGGGCUCGGUAGUGAUCACCUCGAACGGCUUCCUGGAGACCGUCGGUGGGUCAAAGAACUCCCGCAAGCGAAGACGCCAGGACAGUGACGCCAGCAUGGUCGACUUUGAACCCAGUGCCGGUACCUCCUCUGCCAUCGACUCGCCCGUCAUCCCAUCCUCUCCGAAAUCGGGUCCCCAGGCCGACCUGGCCCGUUCCGUGCCCUUGAUUGUACAGAGUUUGGUGAAAGCAUGGAAGCUAGCCUCCAUGCCCCUACGGCAGGCCGCCAUUGUGCUUCUGAAAAGCCUUUCGCUCGUUCGCUACGGCGGACUGGCCGAUCAUCUCCAGCAGAUCGAAUACCUUAUUGCGGACGCCCUCAAUACCUCCUCCCUUGCCGGCAGCUCUGCCGCCCAUUCCGGCGCCGCCGUCAGCGCCGGCUCUCUGCAGAUUGAGACAUUAGGCCUCAUUUCCGCCAUCGCGGAGACCCACCUGUCCGAUGCGCUUCUCCCCUUCCUCAUUGCGCUGGUCCCGGGAGUUAUUGGGGCUGUCAACGAGCGCAACUACAAGGUCAGCAGCGAGGCUCUGGGGGCCGUGGAGCAGAUUGUGAAGGCACUGACCCCGCCUCGUGCAUCUGCGAAUACCCCCGAGGUUGCAAAACAGCUGGACAAGCUCUACGAAGUCAUUCUCGCCCGCAUUACUGACACCAGUGCCGACUUGGAAGUCCGCCAGCGAGCGAUCCAUGUCUUCGGUGUGAUCUUAGCCCGGACGUCGGGCGAAAAGGGCACCGAGUACCUUUCUGCGGAUCGGAGGGUCAAGGGCCUCUCAAUUUUAGUCGACCGUGUCAGGAACGAGACGACUCGUCUGGCUGCUGUGCGCGCCAUCGACGAUGUCGUGGUUCUGGCCGCCCGGCCAGAGGAUGUCAGUGCGGGUUGGGUCAACGAUGUCACCCUCGAGCUCGGAUCCAAUCUUAGGAAGUCGGACCGUGCCUUGCGAGGAUCGUGUUUGGAGGCGCUUCGCAGCGUGGCCAUGAACUCGAGCACCAGGUCACAGCUAAACACCGACACCAUCGUCACUCUGGAGAAUGCUCUCCUUCCUCUAUUGUCUGCGCCCGAUUUCCAUCUUCUCACACCAACCCUGAUUAUCAUGGCCAAGCUUGUCCCUGGCAACUCGAAGUCGCUUGUCAACGAGGCGUUGAUCUCCUCAAUUUGCUCUAUCGUCAAACAACCACUCGUCGGUACCGUCUUGAAGGCUCUGCUCCUCCUGGUAAAAGUAAUCGGCGACGAAGGCGCAGGUGCUCAGUUGAUGCAGAGCCUCUUGCUGAAUGUUGGCAUCACUGGUGACUCUUCGGUUGUUGGCCGGGCUAUCGGUACCCUUUUGGUGCACGGUGGAUCCAACCUCGACGUCACUAUGGAUGACUUCUCUAAUGAGUUGAGAACCGCCAAGGAUGACAGCCGUAAGUGCCUUGCGCUUGCAAUUCUAGGCGAGAUUGGAUUGCGCAUGGGUGCCCAGUGCUCGCUGACCCCCGACAUUUUCAUUGCACACUUCGGCUCGGGCUCGGAUCAUGUACGCCUGGCUGCAGCUACUGCUCUCGGAAAUGCGGCGGCGGGAAACGUCAAGGCCUAUCUCCCCAUACUUCUCAAUGGUCUCGAAAAAUCUAAUUCGCAAAGCUAUUUGCUACUGCAUUCAGUGCGAGAAUUGCUUCAGCAUUCUGAGGUCGUCCGUCCUGACCUUGCCCCGUCUGCCCUCAAACUGUGGCAGGCACUUCUCAUCGUCUCCGAGGAGGAAGACAACCGCGCCGUUGGCGCCGAGUGUGUUGGCCGCCUGGCUCUAAUCGACCCUGUGAACUACAUCCCCCACUUCCAGUCGUAUCUGGCCAGCUCCGACCCAGUGAUCCGUGGCGUGGUCAUCUCGGCCUUCCGCUACACACUCGCUGACCCCAGCGAUGGAUACAACGAUGUCUUGCGCCCGUUGAUGGUGCCUCUGCUCACCAACAUGCUCAGCGACAGCGACUUGGGCAACCAUCGUCUUGCAUUGACCACCCUCAACUCCGCCAUCCACAACAAGAUGAACCUGCUCCUUCCACACCUGGGCGAACUACUCCCCGCCGUCUUCGGCGACACCCAGAUCAAGCCUGAGCUGAUCCGCGAGGUGCAAAUGGGUCCGUUCAAGCACAAGGUUGACGAUGGACUAGACCUGCGCAAGAGCGCCUACGAGACUCUCUACGCCUCUCUCGAUACAACCUUCGCCCGCAGCCACAUCUCCGAGAUUUUCGACCGCGUAAUCGCGGGCGUGGAAGAUGAACAAGACAUCCGCGCCAUCAGCAACCUGAUGACCUCCAAGCUCAUUAUUAUUGCGCCGGAGGACACCGAGCGCCGGCUCGACGCGCUAUCAGAGCGCUACACAGCCGUGCUGUCCUUCAAGCCCAAAGAGAACGCUGUCAAGCAGGAGCUCGAGAAGGCGCAGGAGGCGUCCCUGGGUAUCUUGAAGAUCACAAAAGAGCUGAGUCAGGCAUUUCCUGGUGCAGAGGCCUCGGGCGAGUUGCACAAGUGGAAGGGGUACAUGGAGUGGGUUCGGAAGACCUUUGCGUCGCAGUGGCAGACUCUGGAUUCGGAGUUCUGA